CCAGUCUCUUUAGAUUUCGCACUCAAUUCAGACCGACCAAUCUUCCAUCACCCCACCCUCCCUCUAAUCACAAUGUCUUCCCCUCAGUGGCGUAUCGUAGUGGCCUGUGACGAGGCCGGUGUCGAUUACAAGAACACCCUCAUUGAGGACCUCAAGAAGGAUCCCCGAGUCACCUCUGUCGAGGACGUCGGUGUCAAUGACAAGACCGACAAGACUGCCUACCCUCAUCUGGCUGUCAAGGCCGCCCGCAAGAUUCAGGCUGGUGAGGCCGACCGAGGACUCUUCGUCUGCGGCACUGGUCUGGGUGUUGCCAUUGCGGCCAACAAGGUCAAGGGUAUCCGAGCCGCAGCUUGCAACGAUCCCUUCUCCGUUGAGCGCUCUAUCCUGUCCAACAACUGCCAGGUUCUCUGCUUCGGCCAGAGGGUUAUCGGCAUUGAGCUUGCCAGGAACCUGACCAAGCAGUGGCUGGGUCACGUCUUUGACACCUCCAGCGCCUCUAACGCAAAGGUUCAGUGCAUUGGUGCUUACGAGGAGGAGGAGUUUGGCAAGAAGUAGAUGGAGUAUGUCUCAAGUUGAAGUUGUCCAACACGACACGGAAUGCAGUAUGGAAGUUUAAGAUCGAACCCCCUUUAGAUACCGGCGCACUUGGCGAAGAC